CGGAGGAGGAGAGUCGUAGUAGGUGACCACCAAAGCAUGGACGUGUUGCUACGCGACAAUAAACUCAGAGAAAUAGCUUUAAAAAUAAAAUAGGGCUUAGAAAAACAGCCUUAAAAUAAGAUAGGUGGCACUUUAAUUACCAGGCAAAGCUGCAAGGAGCUCAUUUUAGCGGUCCAGGGAGGCGAAGACAGGCGAGGCCCGAGAGGGCGUGACGGGGGGGAAGUGCAGGCUAUGCAGAGGUCAAGAAAAAAAAGCUCCACGUUAGUGAAAAGGUAAAAAAAAGAGCCCUCUUUGUGGAGAAUGUGAAGGGGUCAUCAUCAUCAUCAUCAUCCCAGGGAGUGAGGAAGACAAGAUGCUCUCCCAGGUGAUGUGCAGGAGGGGCUGCAGGCUCCAGGCUGACACCGCGGACGCCCCCCGCAGGAACGCCGUCAAUCGCGGCAAGCGAGCGCUCCAGCGGCGGCCGGCGGGCCCGCUGAGAGGGCCCAAACACCAACACCACCCUGCGAGGAGCCUCCGGCCCGUCGUCGUCGACGCCGCGGGGAGCCGAGCCCGGGGCAUGCGGGCCCCUCAGAACACCAACCAGUUCCUCAUGCAUGAGAAGUACCAGAUGAUGCACAUGCGCUCGGACUCGGUGGGCAGCGACAGCGGCAGCUGCUCGGACACGGACUCGGAGCUCCUCACGGACAUGGACUCGUACCUGGGCGCCCUGGAGAACGCCAGGGGAGCCCUGCUGGACGGUGCGGCGGCCCCGCAGCAGCGUCAGGACGCAGCGCCGAGCCAGGUGGUGCAGGAAGACAGCAUGCAGUACUUCCCCUCCGAGGACGACCUGCUGCAGAGUCACAACUUCAUGCAGAGGGACUUUGCAGAGUUCUGCGACUUCUUCACCUUUUCAGAGGGGCCCACUUGAAAUGUGGAGUCAGGUUUGGAAGUCCAUCGUCAUCAUGACAGAACAUUUGUGCUUUGACGUUUUUAUUGAAAGUGUUCAUUUGUUUGUGAGAUUGUAUAUAAAUGGCAGUAAUGUAUAAAUAAACACAAUGUUGUUAUUGCUGGUGCACAAAGGAUGGUGGGCGUGAGCUCCAGUAGCCAAUCAGCAUCCGGCUUCCUCUUUCUGGCUGCUCCUGGUUGGCUGAUGCCUCCUGCCCUUUUUUUUUUUUUUUAAAUUGAACAACAAACAUACAUUUAUAAUUAGGGAUGUCCAAUAAUGGCUAUUUUGCCGAUAUCCGAUAUUGUCCAACUCUUAAUUACCGAUACCGAUAUCAAUCGAUAUAUAUAGUCGUGGAAUUAACACAUUAUUAGGGAUGUCCGAUAAUGGCUUUUUGCCGAUUUCCGAUAUUGUCCAACUCUUUAAUUACCGAUACCGAUAUCAACCGAUAUAUGCAGUCGUGGAAUUAACACAUUAUUAUGCCUAAUUUGGACAACCAUGUAUGGUGAAGAUAAGGUACUUUUUAAAAAUAAUAAUAAAAUAAGAUAACUAAAUUAAAAACAUUUUCUUGAAUAAAAAAGAAAGUAAAACAAUAUAAAAACAGUUACAUAGAAACUAGUAAUGAAUGAAAAUGAGUCAAAUGAAGUGUUAAAGGUUAGUACUAUUAGUGGAGCAGCAGCACGCACAAUCAUGUGUGCUUACGGACUGUAUCCCUUGCAGACUGUAUUGAUAUAUAUUGAUAUAUAAUGUAGGAACCAGAAUAUUGAUAACAGAAAGAAAUGGGGGGAGGUUUUUUUUUUGGGUUGGUGCACUAAUUGCAAGUGUAUCUUGUGUUUUUUAUGUUGAUUUAAUUAAAAAAAACCAAAAAAAAAAAAAAAAA